CGUCCCGCUACCAGAAAUAAGUACCGAUUCAGAUGAUUGUGAUAUUAUUUAGGACUGAAAUAUACGCAGAAACUGGAAAGAAUACUACAAUAAACGCAUUUCAAACAAAAAUUUAUUUCUAAAAACUCCAGAAAUACCACGUAGCCGGGGCGUAUGUUCGUCGCGCAUGAAUAUUAGCCAACCACUUCCGGCAAUCGUCCAUCUGGUUUCUUGUGCGACUGGAUAUCAGCCGAGUUGGAGCCGAAGAGCAAAUUGCUUCAAACUUAGGACGGACCUUACCGGAAACAGUACUGUAACUUUCAGUGCUGUUCGACUGGACCUGAUAUACGACUAUGAGCUCGGACAUGGCGCAGAUCUCCGAGGACAUUCCUGCACCCGAUGCGUCCAGGUCAGAAGAAGGGGACAUCCCGAGCUACUAUGAGGCCUUCCCGCCCCUCUCAGAGGGGGAGUCCCCACGGGCUGGGGCGUCUGCAUCCACACCUGCUGCUGCUCAGUGGGGCCCCACUAAUAAGAUGAUGUUGAGGACUUCUACUACAACCCAGGUUUUCCGCGUUCCUUUGGAAGAGCGUCGUUUCCAAGAAAUCAAUGAGCACGGGUUUGGCGAGGCAGGAGAACAGGCCAAGAUCUGCAAGGACAUCAUGCAGAAAACUGGUGUUGCCAUAGAGAUGAGCCUUGCCAAAGAUCAGAGCCUCACUGUGGUUAUUACGGGGAAGAUAGAGAAUGUGAUGAAAGCGAGGCGCAUGGUGGUCAACCAACUGCAAACCCAGGCCAACGUUACCAUGAAGAUCCCCCGAGAGCACCAUCGUUUUAUUCUGGGCAAAAGCGGCAAGAAGCUUCAGGAGCUGGAGCUGAACACCACCACCAAGAUCACCAUUCCGCGUCCGGAGGAGAACUCCGACGUCAUCCGUAUCGUGGGCACCAAGGAAGGAAUAGAUAAAGCCAGACAUGAGCUACAGUUGAUAACUGAUGAACAGGCCAAAUUGGCAUUUGAGCGUCUCCCCAUUGCUAAGAUUUACCAUCCAUUCAUCUGUGGACCAAACAACGCUCUGAUGAAGGAGCUUCAAGACAAGACGGGAGCCCGCAUACAUGUGCCGCCACCUAGUGUUAUGAAGGAUGAGAUUGUUGUGUCUGGAGAGAAGGAAGGUGUCCAUGAGGCCAAGGCUACUAUCAUGAAGAUUUACGAGGAAAAGAAACGCAAGUGUCAGACUGUAUCUGUUGAGGUGAGGAAAUCUCAGCACAAGUAUGUGAUUGGACCUCGCGCUGGGGCGCUGAACGAAAUCCUCCAGGCCACAGGGGUGUCUGUGGAGGUCCCCCCACUGGACAGUCCAUCUGAGACCAUCACGCUGAGGGGUGAGCAGGACAAACUGGGACCUGCACUGACCAUGGUGUAUUCUAAGGCUAACUCUGUGGUAAUAGCUGAAGUUGUGGCCCCAGCAUGGCUGCAUCGGUUCAUCAUUGGCCGUCAAGGUGCCACCAUCCGCAAGAUAACACAAGACUUGCCAAAAGUCCACAUAGAGUUCACAGAGGGCCAGGACAAGAUAGUAAUUGAGGGUCCCCCAGACGAGGUGGAGCAGGCCCAGAAGGCCCUGGGGGAGAUCACCCAGGACCUGCAGACCAGAAUGGCCUACGCUGAACUGGAUGUGAACCAGAAGUAUCACAAGCAUAUCAUCGGAAAGAAUGGUGCUAACAUUACAAGAAUCAAAAAUGACACUGGUGUUGCAAUCCGUAUUCCCUCUGACAGCGAGGGUAGCCGUAUCAUCCGCAUUGAGGGCGAUCCCAAGGGAGUGGAGAAGGCCAAGGCAGAGCUUAUGGAGAUGGUGGAGAAAAUGGAAAAUGAGCGUAGCAAGGACAUCAUGAUAGAGCAGCGUUUCCACAGGACCAUCAUCGGGGCCAAGGGCGACAAGAUUAAAGAGGUGCGGGACAAGUUCAACCAGGUACAGAUCACUUUCCCUGACCCAGGCAAGAAGAGCAACAUUGUCACCCUGCGUGGACCCAAGAACGACGUGGAGAAAUGCUACAAGUACCUGCAGCAGAUGCACCAGGAACUGAUUGCUGUGAACUACCAAGCUGAGGUGCACAUCUUCAAGCAGUUCCACAAGAACAUCAUUGGCAAAGGUGGCGCCACCAUCAAGAAGAUCCGUGAGGAGACCGAUACUCGUAUUGACUUGCCCAGUGAGGCUAGCGACUCUGAUGUCAUUGUCAUUACAGGCAAGAGGCAGAAUGUGGAGACGGCCAAGGCCAAGAUUGAGGCUAUUCAGAAAGAAUUGGCCAACAUAAAAGAAAUCACCAUAGAAAUUCCUCACAAGCACCACAACUCCAUCAUUGGUGCCAAGGGACGUCUCAUCCGCUCCAUCAUGGAGGACUGCGGUGGCGUCAUAGUGCGCUUCCCACCAGAGGGUGGUAAAAGCGACAAGGUUGUCCUGCGUGGUCCAAAAGACGAUGUUGAGAAGGCGAAGAAGGAACUCCUGGCCCUGGCUGACGAGAGGCAAACUCACGGCUUCACUGCAGAAAUCAAAGCUAAACCUGAUUUCCACAAAUUCUUGAUUGGACGUAAUGGGGCCAACAUCAGAAAGGUACGUGAAAGCACAGGUGCGCGUGUCAUCUUCCCGACCUCCAAGGAUGCAGACCAGGAGACCAUCAGUAUCAUCGGGACCGAGGAGAGCGUGAGCACCGCCAAGACUGAACUGGAGGCCAUGAUCAAGGAACUGGAAAAUGUUGUUGAGGGUGAAAUCAGCGUAGACCCCAAGUACCACCGCCAUUUUGUUGCCCGCCGUGGCGAGGUGCUGCACACCAUAGCUGCUGAUUACGGAGGUGUCUCAGUCAGCUUCCCACGCAGUGGCAUGAAGAGCGACAAGGUGGUCCUGAAAGGGGCAAAGGAUUGUAUAGAAGGUGCCAAGAAGAGAAUUGCUGAGAUUGUGGCUGAACUGGAGUCCCAGGUGACUAUAGAAUGUGUGAUCCCCCAGCAGUACCACAGGACAGUGAUGGGCACCAAGGGGUCCAGGGUGCAGGAAGUCACCAAAGACCACAAUGUCGGCAUCAAGUUCCCUGACAGGCCUCAGGCCAACGGAGCUGGGGAUGGAAAGGGAAAUGCUAAGCCGCAGGUGAACGGAGACGUUGAUGUGAAUGGUGACACACAUGUAGAUGGUGCUGGUGAUGCUGAGCAUGAUCAAGACAAGCCCAAGAAGCAAGAUAUUAUCUUGAUCACAGGGAAGAAGGAAGACUGCGAGGCUGCAAAGGAAGCUUUGAUGGCACUUGUUCCUAUCACAGAAGAAGUGAACGUCCCAUUUGACUUCCAUCGUUUCAUCAUUGGCCAACGCGGCCGCGACGUUCGAAAGAUGAUGGAGGAGUUUGAUGUGAACAUUUCCAUCCCGCCCGCUGAUAACAGGAGUGACAUCGUCAAGGUUACGGGGCCCCGCGCCAACGUUGCCAGGGCAGUUGAGGGGCUGAAUGCAAGAGUGGAGGAACUGGAGAAGGAGAAAGAGGACAGGGCUUUAAAGAACUUCUCACUGGAGGUGAGAGUGGACCCUGCCUACCACCCUAAAAUCAUUGGCCGCAGAGGUGCCGUCAUUUCCAAGAUUCGUGAUGCUUUUGAUGUCAACAUCCAGUUCCCGGAUAAAGGCAGCGAAAACCAGGAUGUGAUCACCAUCACAGGUUAUGAGAAGAGCGCCAAAGAGGCCAAGGAUGAGAUUAUGAAGCUUGUUGGUGAACUGGACAACAUGAUAACUGAGGAAGUCAACCUGGAUCAUCGCGUGCAUUCUCGUAUCAUAGGACAGAAGGGACGUCAGGUCCGCAAGAUCAUGGAUGACUACAAGGUUGACAUCAAGUUCCCGCGCUCCAGUGACAAUGACAACCCAGACCUGGUGGUGAUCACAGGCAUGGAGGACAAUGUUCUGGAUGCCAAGGACUACCUGCAGAACCUGGAGGAGGAAUAUCUUCAGGAUGUCCUAGACAGGGAAUCUAUGCGCCAGUACAUGCACCCCAGCAAACAAGAGCAGUCCCAUCCCAAGCAGAACCACGGCCCGGGAUUCCAGGUACGGGACGCACCUUGGGACAAACAGGCGCCAAACAUGGAGAGCACUGAGGAUUUCCCCUCCUUCGCGUCUGGCGGCGGGGGUGUUGCCGCAGGUGGCGGGGCUCCUUCCUGGGGCCCAGGAAGCAGGCGGUUUUAAAAAGAAAAAAAUUGCUGGUUAAAAAAGCUUCGGAGAUGUGUGUGUCAUGAUAACUGGUCUGUGCCAUUCUGCAGGUUUUGCUGUUUAUGCUGGCAUCAUGGGACUCUGGGAGGCUGUUCAGUAGUCCUCGUUCUCUAGCAUUGCAUGUUUGUAGAAUGGUACCAGACUUUGUGUAACUUUUGAACUUUUACAAGCAGGGUAUAUUAUUAUUAUUAUUACCAUGAUAGUUUUUGACUGACCAGAUGUGGUGCAGGUCAUAAGGAGGUGGAUAUUUUAUUAAAGAAUUUCCCUGCAUUUGCCUUAUUUAAUCAACCAAAAAAAUUGCAACAUUUGAAAAAAAAAUAUAUAGAAACAUAUCCACGAGAUUGACGUCUGAUGUUCUGUAUAGAAUAACAGGGAGGGGGGAAAGGUGUGUGAUGACAAUAUUUGUUUUUUUAGUUAAUUAUUUAUUUCACAUAUAUUGGGAGAUAGUGUUUUGUCAUAAAGAUUGGUGCAAAGAUAAAGGGAGGACUGAGCUUCAAGUCUGACAUUUUGCACAUUGAUUAUUAUCAGACAUUUUCCUACCAGAAAGGACUUUCUUUCCACACAAUCUACCAAUCUUUUGAAGAAAAUUCAAAACACUGCAAAAGAGAGGGGGGGGGGUAUUCAACAUGGAAAUUUUGCGCAUUUAGGUGCUCGGGCAAGCUAGUUAGUCAGCUGAAGCCAGUGAUAUAUUGUCUAUUGGCUGGACUGCUUUGUGGAUCAAUGUAUUGAAAUCAUCGUAUUUAAGAUGUCAUUUUGAAAUAUUUAAAACUGCUGGUUAUAUCUACUUGCUUAAGUUGACAACUAGUAAUCAUAUUAUGCAGUGCUUAAACUCUUCUCCCUCAAAUUGCCAAGCCCAAUAUAAACACAUAUGCUGCCAUAUUAUAAUUUAUGCAAGUGAAGAGUUUCUUUACAUGUCAGUUUAAAUGUUGGUAAACAUAGUUGUAGUCAAAACAGGUACCUUGCCAGCCUGAUUGCUUAUAAGUGGUUGUUAUUUUAUUUUUUUUGUCAGUUGAAUUUGUUGGUUGUUACCUUUCAGGUUGGCAUGCCAAGUAUUCCUAGUCAAGUGAAUUACAAGUACAUUGUAAAGUGCAAAUGCAGAUAAGCCCCAAUACACUACUAGUGUCUGUUUUUAUCUUUAAUUUCAUUUUUGCCUAGAAAAGAAAUUUAAAGAAGACUGCUAUUUGUAUAUGUAGACAAACAUUUAGUAUGUAUCUGAAAAGAGGCUUUACUAUUUUUUGCUUGCAUGGCUCACUAAGUGGUUUUGUCAUGGCAGGUGCUGCCAUCUAUUCAUAAGUAGGAGGGCUUGUCAUAAAAAGUGCUGCCACCUGUUCAUAAUUUUUUUAAAAUUACUUUUUUUGUGUUGCAUGCUGCCACCAGUCAUUAUGCAAGUUUGCACAGGAAAUAUUCUGUCCUUAAAAGGCAGCUGCUGACAAGUCAAUAAGACUUGUUCACAAAUAUACACACACACAUAUAUAUAUAUAUAUAAUAAUUUUAAGAAUUUAUGAAUGCUUGCACAAACAAGACUGGGCACUUUUCAGAUCCAUUCCAUUUUCAAUUCAAUAUAAUCUUAAGGUCUUGAGUGACUGAGAAUGUAUUAUGCUUUACCCAGAAAUGGCCAGCAAACCAAAAUACUUGUAUCUGUUGUACAGAGGUGAGAACUCUCGUGGUGUCACUCAAAAUUAGAAUAAUUGUUUAUUGACAUUUUGUGUGAUAGGACGGGGCGUUCUUCGCCACCACAAGUAGAAAUAGUGGGGCUGAGGAUGCAAUACCUGUUUAUAAUCAUCAUCUUUAUUAUUAUUAUUAUUGAUAAUUAAUUAAACAAGUGGAGUGGUAGUUCACUUGUCACGCUCUUUACUUCUAGUUAUUCAUCUGCUGUGAAGACUGAAAAAUAGUUUCUUCCUGCUGAUGUCUUUGUGUUCUUCAACGUACAGUCCACAGUAGAUGUGUAAAAAGAAGCAGAGGGCGUUUCAUUUCAUCCACUGGAAACUGUUGUUACGUAGUUUAUGAAUUUAGAAAUGUUUCGAAGGUGGAGGAAAUUUUGAAUUCCCAUGACGUUAUCUUUAGUAGUAUUUUCUUGAAAAAAAUUUUUAAAAAGGAUCGAAGAAUUUUUGUUGAUCAAAGUGUUGACUUUGACUUGGAGGUGAUUUUCUUUGAUGAGAUGUUACAUUGUAAAAUGUGAUUCAAAUCACUUUCAUGUUGACUUGUAGUUUUGAAUCUUUGAGAUUGAUGAUAUAUAUGAAAAUAAAUCAAUCUGAAUAAAA